AUGGAAAUGUGGAGAAUCUCAAUAUGUGAGAUUGCAAUCCUUCCUCUUACAAUAUACCUCGUCUCAAAUGGGAAUAUUUAUGUCGUCACGGGGAACUCACCUUCAACUUCAUCCACCAAACUGUUGACACAAACAACAAAUUUAACUUUGAAAUCUCUCGUCCUAAUACAACCCUUAACUCUUCUUUUCGGAGAAUCGACCACGACCAAGAUCACACCGACUAACGCAAACUUCUCUGAGAAUACCAAUACAACCGCAAGUAAACCACUCCAAGCACCACACCACAUCCGACAAAAUCAAGUAGCUACAGCUUUACCAGUCAAGUGA